AUGGAUACCCUUCCUGAAAGAUAUUCUCUUUCCUCGGAAAGAUUCAAUUUUGGGCAUGGCUCAGCUUCAUUCUAUUCUAAUCAGAAUCUGGUAAAUGGGUUCCAAGUAAAUCAAGAAUCCACCGGUCCAAUUUGCCUUUCAACCAAUUUGGACCACCCUAGUGAUUCAAAUACUUUUUUGAGCUCUGGUUCAGAUGGAGAUACUACCGACAUUAGUGAUUACAAUUGCCCUGUGAUUAAGUACAUAAGUGAUAUUCUUCUAGAAGAAGACCUGGAGGGUAAGCCCUGCAUGUUGCAGGACUGUUUGGCCCUCCAAGCUGCUGAAAAAUCUUUCUAUGAUGUCCUUAAUCAAAAGGACCCUCUUUCACCCAAGCAACCCCCUCUUUCAGUGCACCAAAGCUUUGAGAACUCAGAUGAUGAUUCCCCACAUAGUUGUCAUAGCAGUAAUGCCUCUAUUGCUGCAAAGACAAACUGGGUUUUUGAUCCUUCUGAAACCUCAUAUGUCCAAUCUUCUCUUGUUCAGUCUCUACCAGAUGCUGCUUUGGAUUCAGAUUCACUUUCUGAGAUGCAAAGGCUUGAGUAUUUUGGAGGGUUAAGGGAAGCAAGCAAGUUUCUUCCAAAUGUAAAAUUUGAAACUAUUGAUCUAAAGGGGUGCCAGUUAAUGCCUCCGGGUCUUGAUCAGUGGCCUCCAGCUACUAACACACUGAUGAGGAGGCCAGACAAUGAUGACUACAGUUCAACAAAUAGAUCAAUGGGAAAGAAAAAUCAUCAAAGGGACGAUGGUGAUUAUCCAGAAGAAGGCAGAAGCAACAAGCAGCCAGUUGCUUUUGCUGACGACUCUGAGCCACAAGAAAUGUUUGAUGAAGUUUUACUUUGUCUUGGGAAUCAUGAAUUUGAAACGUGUUCUAAUGAUGAAUCUUUGAUAACUGAGGGAACGGGUUCAAAGAAGCAGAAUAACAACAGGGAACUGGUGGAUUUGAGCACACUGUUAACUCAAUGUGCACAAGCUGUGGCAAGCUAUGACCAAAGAACUGCAAGUGAACUACUCAAGCAGAUAAGGCAGCAUUCUUCCCCGUAUGGUGAUGCUACCCAGAGAUUAGCUCAUUACUUUGCAGAUGGCCUAGAGGCACGCUUGGCUGGAGCCAGAACUCCAUCAUACUCUCCCCUUAUUAGUAUGCAGAUAUCAGCUGCUGAAAUCUUAAAAGCUUAUGAGGUAUUUGUUACUUCAUCCCCUUUCAGGACGGUGUCAAAUUUCUUGGCCAACAGAACAAUUCUGAAACUAGCAGAAAAAGAAACAAGGCUUCACGUUAUUGAUUUUGGCAUUUCUUAUGGUUUCCAAUGGCCCUGCUUUAUCCAACGUCUCUCCAAGAGACCGGGUGGACCUCCUAAGCUUCGUAUCACAGCCAUUGAGGUUCCCCAACCAGGUUUCCGGCCUACAGAAAGGGUUGAAGAGACAGGGCGUCGCCUGAAAAAAUAUGCUGAGAGAUUUAAUGUCCCAUUUGAGUACAAUGUCAUUGCUCAGAAGUGGGAAACAAUCCAAUUUGAGGAUCUUAAAAUUGACAGAAAUGAGGUGAUUGUUGUGAAUUGUAUGAACCGGCUAAGGCACAUACCUGAUGAGACAGUGAUGGUGAACAGUCCUAGAGACAUUGUCCUAAAAUUGAUCAAGAAAAUUAAUCCAGACCUAUUCAUUCAUGGGGUUGUGAAUGGGACAUACAAUUCACCCUUCUUUGUCACACGGUUCAGAGAGGCACUCUUCCACUUCUCUGCACUGUUUGAUGUGUUUGAGGCCAGUGUUCCUCGUGAAGAUGAACGGCGGCUGAUGUUCGAAAAAGCUGUUUAUGGUAAGGACAUAUUGAAUGUCGUAGCGUGCGAGGGACUGGAAAGAGUUGAAAGGCCUGAGACAUACAAGCAGUGGCAGGUUAGGAAUGUGAGGGCUGGGUUCAAGCAACUCCCACUAGACCAAGAGAUUUUGAAGAAAGUGAAGAGAAUGUUGAAGUUUAUGGGUUAUCAUAAUGAUUUUAGGAUUGAUGAAGAGGGCCAUUGGAUUCUGCAGGGAUGGAAAGGAAGAACCAUUAUGGCUCUUUCCUUUUGGAAAAAAGCCUAG